AUGAGUAGUCUGCGAGAUACUACUGUUGGUGAUUCAUGUAGUUCCAGUAGCAGCAAUAGUGACAAUGCAAAUGAUUCUUCUGCUCCUUCAAAGAUUGAUCUGACAAAAUCGGAUGAAGAUUCUACAAGGAAGUCGUUGACUCAUAUCCCAAUUUUCCAAUAUAAUAUCACCAAAGACAAAAAUAAAGAUGUAAAAGAAAAAGACGAAAUGCUUAAACCGAAAGAAACUCAAAAACAACAUUCCAAACCCAAAGAUCUGUUUAUGAAUAUGCAAACAUUUGACUCAGGUUUGGAGGCAUUACCUGCAGAUUUCGAUUUCACUUCUUUACCAGAUUUCAAACAAUCAGAUUUAAAAGAUAGGCAUACUAAUCCUCUAAGUUUUGAUCAUGAAUUUAAUCAGCAGAAUGGUGAAAUUGCCAAUUUUUGGAAUUUUACAAUCGAUGAUAUUCCAGAUGACUUAGAUCCUUCUUUAUUUACACCGACGAAUGAUAUAAAUCAAAAAUUUAAAGAAUAUACAAAAGAAACUACAAUAGAAAGCUCUAACCUUGACAUGAUAGAUCAAACACAAUCAAAAGAAGUGACAAAGUCAAUUAGUUCUACUUCAAUUAAGAAAAGUUCAACUAGCUUAUCGGAAAGAAAAUCAACCACACUUUUUGAAGAUAAAUCUUCAAGAUCAGUUACAGUUGAACCAGAAAUUAAAAAAUUGAAAAAAUCAAGUCCUAAAGUUGAUGAAGAAAAAAUAGAUAAAAAAAAUGAAGAAGCAGAGGAAGAAGAUACUGCAACUAAACCACCUAUUCAAUGUGAAAAUUGUAAAACAGUCACUACUCCUCUUUGGAGAAGAGAUCCAAGAGGGAAAACAUUAUGUAACGCAUGUGGUUUAUUUCAAAAAUUGCACGGCUCAAUGAGACCCAUAUCUUUGAGAUCAGAUGUCAUUAAAAGGAGAAAUGCCAAGAAAAGAGUUAAAAAGGACACAAACAACAACAACAACAACAACAAUAAUAAUAAUGACUUAAAUAAUAUAACGUCAUUAAGGAAACAAUCAGGUAUUAAAUCCAACAUGAUUCCUAAAAAUACUGGAAAUAAUAUUCAAUCUAAUACUACAAAUUUUUCCUUAACAACAAACCCAAACCCAAAUUUAAUAAAUGAGGAUGAUUUGAAUUAUUUAUCUAAUCCAAAUUUAAAUUUAAAUCAUUCAAUCAUCAAUCCAUUGGCGUCAGAAUCAGUUAACAUGAAUAUGAAUAUUGGAAAUUCUUCUAGCUCAUUGUUUACAGGUAAUAAUAAUUUAAGGUUAGAUUUACCAAAUUCAAAUGGAAGUAAUAAUACAAACCCAAAUGACUUCCAUAAUUAUAGACAAUUUUUACAAAAUGAUUCAACCUCAGGCUCAUAUUCUAGUAUUCCAAUGUCAACUUCCACUACAACGUCUUUAACUGGUAAUAUCAAUCAGAUUAGACCAAAUAUGUUCGGUUAUGACAUCAGGAGUAAUUCUUUUAAUAACCAAAAUAACACAAGUAGCGAUAUUAAUUUGACUGAUUCAUCAUUACUAGAAACUUCAAGUCUUACAAGAAAUGACACUUAUACAAAAGAUAAUUCAAGAAUUCCGCAUUAUUCAAGUACUUCUAAUUUACAGCGAGCAAGAUAUCCAUCUCAACAUGACCUUCAAAACCAAAAUCAAAAUCAGCAUCCAUUUCCAAACCAAAAUUCAAAUUCAACUUCAAAUCAAUACAAUAUGAAUAUCCAAAAUCACUUGCCACAAAGUAAUUAUCAAAAUUCCUAUCCAAAUACCUUUCAAAACUCUCAGCAACAAAAUUUUCAACAGAAUUCAUAUCAGAGUUCUUAUCAAAAUUCUUAUCCAAACUCAAACCAAAAUUCAUAUCAACAAACAAACUAUCAAAAUUGUCAUCAAAAUACACAAUAUCAACAAUCAAAUGAAAUUCAACAAUCGUCUUAUUACAACGGAAGUGGCCCCAAAUAUAACCAAAUGAAUAGUCCUUCUAAUAAUGGAAUACCUCCUAAUAAUGGCCAUUUCCAGAAUAAUUAUGCACCAACUCCAAGUAAUUACAGUUAUUACAACAAUAAUUAUAAUUAUAAUAAUAACAAUUUCAAUAGUAACAAUAACAUCAUUGAUCAUAAUAGAAAUAGUCAUAAUCAUCCCAAUCAUAACAAUAUUAACAAUAUUACCAAUAUUACCAAUAUUAACAAUAAUAAUCUUAAUAAUAACAAUAAUAUUACUAAUAAUAGUAAUAAUGCAUAUAUUCCACAACCUAAUUAUAAUUUAGUACGAUCAAACAAUCAUCCUCACCAGAAUAAUAAUAAUAUUAAUAAUAAUAACAACAACAACAACAAUAAUAAUAAUAGUAAUAAUAACAGUGCCCAUAUUAAUAACAAUAAUCAUACACAUGAUAUUUCAGAUAUUCAUGGAAAUAAAGCCAGUUUUGAUCUUUUUGAUAACGGUCAAGUGGAUACACAAAAUUCAACUCCUAAUUUUAUAAACGCUAUAUCGAAUCAAAAUCCAAACUAUAAUGAAAUUCCAAGUAAUCGACUAUCUCAAAGUAAUAAAGGCUCGAAUAAUGUCAAUAAUAAUCUUACUGAUAAAAAUGGGAACGACAAUAUUCCCAACAAUAGCAACCUUUAUCAACCGAUGGUGAAUAAUACUUCUACGACAUCUCAAAUAGCAGUAUCUCCAAACUCUUCUGAUCAACGAUUUGUUCGUGAUGGAUCCUUUGAUAAUGGUAGAGCAGCCUCUACAAUAAAGGAUUCACCAUCUGUUGACUUAGGAGCUAAUGGUCUUUCAAGAACAGGGUUAUCUUCUAGCACACAAAGUAUGCUCUCUGAAUCACAUAAGGACUCAUAUAACAAAGAGCCACCUCAACAAACUACAGAGAAUUUUGAUUGGCUAAACUUUGGUCUUUAG